CUGCUGCUGGGGCUGGUGCUGGGCGGCCUCCUGCUGCGCGGCGGCGGCGGGGCGGCGGCAGCAGCACUGCCGUGCCAGGCGCCGCGGCAGUGGGAAGGGCGCACCGUGUACUACGAGCACGGCACGGGCCGCAACACGCGGGCGGCGGUGUCCUACGACGGCCCCAACGAGCGCCUCCGCAUCCUGGAGGAGAGGAAGGCGCUCAUCCCCUGCAAGAAAUUCUUUGAGUAUAUAUUACUCUAUAAAGACGCAGUGAUGUUUCAGAUUGAACAAGUUACAAAGCUCUGCUCAAAGAUUCCUCUGACAGAGCCGUGGGAUCCAUAUGAUAUCCCUGCCAAUUCAACUUAUGAAGAUCAAUACUACAUCGGGGGACCUGGAGAUGAAAUUAUGGUACAGGAAUGGUCUGACAGAAAACCAGCCAGGAAAUUGGAAUCCUGGGUCGGUGUUUACACAGUCAAAGACUGUUACCCAGUACAGGAGACCUAUACAAGGAACUACAGCGUUACAACCUCCACACGCUUUUUUGAUCUACGGUUGGGUAUUGCUGACCCCUCGGUGUUUAUCCCACCCAGCACCUGCCAGACAGCCCAGCUGAGAAAGAUGAAAGAUGAAUGCUGAUUGUGGAUGCUGGCUGCCCCAAGCAAAUAAAUAAUAGCUAGGAGGAAGAUUAUUAAUAGUCAACUGCUGACGUCUAACCUGAUUUUUCAAGCUGAUUAUUGUGCUUUUGGGAAUUGUAAGUUUUCCCUUGAAGUAGAGUAUAAAAAUUUUAAUUGAGUAAGAUAUGUAACAGAAGAUCUUUUUCAUCAAUUUGUUCAGUGAUGCACUUGGAGUAUUACAUUGUUACUGUGAAGAUGAUAUUUAUAGAUACUAUUUAUAUUAGCUAUGGGUGAUUUUCUUUUUGUAAAAAUUUAAUUUUUUAUUUUUUUCAAGAAUAUAAAACAUAAGCAGCCUAUUAUGGUGGUAAUAUGAUGAAGAAAAAGCUAAAACUUACUGUUGUCGUUUCUUCUGGAGAGAUGAGGGGAAGGGAAGUAUGUCCCAGGUAAGACUUAAUCCCCAACCAGAAAAUAGCCCAUUUUGAAAGUACAUCAAAAGUGUAGAAAUUCCUGCUCUUGUGUGUAUUUUUUAUGCUUUGGUUGAUUUGUUUCUUUCUGCUAAGAUAUAGGAGCACCUCUGUUCAUAUAACACUAGCUGACGUGCAAAAAUACUUCUUUUUUUUUUUUUCUUUUUCCUGAGGAGAACAAUGUGAAAGGAAGGAAAGGAGGGAGAAAGACACCAAAAAAAAAGUAAGACAAAGUUUUCUUUUAUUUGUUACACCUUUUGGUGAAAUAUUCCAAUAGGGUUGAUGAGACGUUUUUCAAUUUUAUUUUACCUUAGCACUCACUUUCCAAGGCAAUACUAGAUUUAACCUAUGCAAAUACUACACUCUUAAGUUGCUUUAAUAUUUUGUACCUGUUUUCAGAAGUAUUUCCUUCUUCAAAGAGUAUGAAACACCUUUGUAAUUUCAGGUAGAAAUAAAAUCACCUGUUCUUAGUACAUCAUUAAUAAAGGCUGUAUCAGCAUUCAAACAGUGCUUUGCAAGGUAGGUGGAGUGAAAGACAACUGUGUGAGGAGCAGAGAUGAGGUGGGAAGAGAAAACAGUGGGAAAAAGAAGUGUUUUGGAUGCCUUCUGUAUGACUGCAGGAAGGACAGUCUUACUUCUUUUUACCCCCGCUCCUUUGACAGCUGCUAUGUUUGCUGUUUAGUCAGCAUUUCAAGCCUUAUUUUCUCUGCCUCCUUUUCUAUUGAGCAGAAUGAAUGUUGCCUUAAAAGAUCUAAACAAAUAACACCCCUCCCCCCCCCCCAAAAAAAAAGUGCAGGAAGUGCACAUCUUUUUGAAAAUUCAAACCAAAUCUGCACACACCUUUAGGCCCUUGAGAAUGUGGAAUGGUAGUGGGUUUUGCACUUUUACAUAAUCAAAUUAAUUGGCUUAUUCUGUAAGUCUAUACAUGCAUUUAAUUUAUUAUUUGCAAAUAUAUUUAGAGACUGAUCCUUAUCAUUUUAUAUGUAUUGGGUAGUAGUUUACUCCAGAAGUUGUCUAGCUGAAAAGAGUGCAAUGUGGGGAAGUUUGGUGUGCUUUGGGGCCCCGCUGUCAAAUUCUGUUGCUGCCCUAGUGACUGUUGGGCUCUUCCCCAUAGAUAGAUUUCUUCUCUAGAACAACUUCUAGUGAGGAGAAAUGAUCCAGUUUGACAGUGAUAGGAAGUCUUACAUAAAUAUGAUACAUAAUUUACUGGCCGAUAGUACCAUAUCUAACAAAAACCAAAGGCUUGCACCAUCUGUGGAAGACGGUGCAGCUGGGCUGGCUUUUCAUGGUCUGUAUCAUCUUAGCUUUUUGUACUAAAGCAAAUGGCACAGUGGGUAUUUUCCUUUCAUGGUUGUAGUCAGAAUUGCAUUUUAGUUGGCCUUGUGCUUAAUGAAAGCAUAUACACAUACCUGCUGAAAUUUAGGUAAUUCAUUAAAAAUAUUUUAUCAAACAUGAUCAUUUAACUGAAAUGUGCUAGUGAAAAAAUAGAUUGGGUUAGAAUGCAUUUAGUCUGUACUCGCCUCCUGUAUUUUUGUGACAACCUAAAAGCUAACUGCAUAUUGUUCUCAUUAAGGCAAUGAUUAACAUGCAUUUCUUAAUAUCUGUUUCUUGUUGGAAUCUGGAAAAUAUAAUAAAUCUAGCUAGCAAAUAUAGAGCUACGGUACCAUAUCGUUUGGGAUAACUUUGUUGUGGUAGAGCAGAUAGCUGUAUAAUCAAAGUGCAUGUAUUAAGUUUUGCUGACAAUGAUAUCAUUUCUAGCAGUAAAAUUAAAUGUUCCUUUUAAUAUGAACUUGCAAGAGUCUGUGACACAGAAGUGCUUUAAAAAUGUUGCAGUGACAUCCAAAGCAAUUUUAUAUGUCUAAAUAUGUACCUUCAAAACAAUGCUGUUGUCUUUGUAUUUAUGCCCAUCACUCAAUAAAGAAAGUUGUCAAAGAAACGGCAAACAACAAA